AUGGUCUCACUGGAAACAACUCCUCCUCCUCCUCCUCCGGCCACCGCCAGUCCCCGGAUUUCCUUCUCCGGCGAUUUCCUCGACGAUGCAAACUUCAUCUGCAUUACCCCACAAGAUAAAGAAAAGGAGAUCAAAACAAGGACCGGCGAGUUUGAGUUUCUGUCCGGCGACUUGUCCAGUCCGGCGACCAUGCUGACCGCCGACGAACUCUUCUUUGAAGGAAAAUUACUCCCCUUUUGGCAGAAUGAAAAGCUGAAUAAAAUCAACAUAAAACCUGAAAAAGUGGUUGCAAAAGAGGCAGUGACGAUGAAAGAAGAUGAAAACAACAACAACAACAAAAUGAGUUGGUUUAUCGACGAAGAUCCUUCUCCUCGACCACCAAAAUGCACAGUUCUAUGGAAGGAGCUAUUACGGUUGAAGAAACAAAGAACAUCUUCAGUACUUUCACCAUCUUCAUCCACUUCUUCUAACUCUUCUUCAAACUCCAUUGAUGAUCAAGAUUCAAGCAAGAAAGAGAAGCAGCAGCAGGUUAAGAGAAUUAAACAAGGGUUAGAGAGAACCAGAUCCAGUGGUAUAAAGAUUAGACCCAUGAUCAAUCCUGUAAACUUGAUUUCAAGAUUUUCGAUAACAUGA